GUGCUCGUAGCAUAUGUAUGGACCAUCAACUGCGCGGGAGUAUAUCUUCAGGGAGAGCAGGAUGGCCACUUACUCCGGCGCUUGAAUCAAGUGCGCGCGCUCGUUUCGCUGUCCAUCCGCCCGCCGCAGUCGAUAAGAAGUGGUGCUCAAGAAGCGUGCACGUUUUGGCCAAUUUGUGGAUCAGCAGGAUCAUUGAUGAAUUUUCAAUAACGCGAACCUUGAGAGAAUAAAUAAACACUGUUUCAGCUUCGCUUUUCCCCUCUAGGGUGGAAGGAAAAGUUUGACACUAGCAGAAGAACAAGUUUGCGACCGGCCUUCGCGGCUAAGAGUCGUUGUGUAAAUAACUGCUGCAACAAAAUAGUAAAAUUAUCACUAUCACAUCUUUGGUUUGGGUUCGAAGUAAAAAGUUCGGAAGCGGAAACGUCGGAGAAAAACUGACAGCAGAGCAGAAAAGGGUCUUAUUUUCCCAAUUUGCGCAUCCGGGAGAAAGAAAUCGGAAACAGAUCGCACGACCAGUCUGCUACUGCUGCUGCUGUUGCUGAAUAAUUUAAAUAAAAUUGCAAAAGUUUUAUUGCAAAGGAGGGGUGGCGGUAUCUCUGAUGUAACAUAACCUCAAAAUUAAACACUAAGCAAUGUUUGGUUGGUGGUUUGUCAUUGCCGUUCUAGGAACGUUGAACGUGAGCCCCCGGUGGAAUUCCGUUAGUGCCGAGCGCCGCAAUGCUGCCGAUAUCGAACUGAACGAGGAACAUCAUGUGGUUUCGAUGAAAGCGUGUUAUGUGGAAGAUUUAAGAAAUAUUCGAGAGUACAACCAAAGCCCGCUGACAGUACUCAUAAACCACUGCUACCUUCAGGAGCUACCGAAUGCAAUAUUUAUACGCUUCGCGGACCUUAACACCCUCGAAAUAUGCGACAGUAGAUUGAAUAACUUGCAAGAUUUCGCCCUGAAUGGGUUGAGGAAUCUGGAGGUUUUGAAUUUCUCCAGAAAUAACCUCACGACAAUCAAGUCCUGGAGCGAUCACAAUUUGGAGCGUCUCCAAACUUUGGAUCUACGACGAAACUUACUGAAAGGCAUCAACGCAGAAUCGUUCAGAAGGUAUCCAAACUUGGUAAAAUUAAAUUUGGCGGCCAAUUUGAUAGAAUCGAUUCCCGAAGGAACUUUCAAAGUGGUUCCCAAUCUCAAGCACCUGAAUCUCGGUCGAAAUCUAUUGACAUCCAUCGAAGAGACAACCCUCAAAGGGCUUAGUAAAUUAGCUCACGUAUCCUUCCACCAUAAUCAAAUCAAGUUCGUUGACUUCUUUGCCUUCGUCGGGAAUAGCCACCUGAAAACGCUUCAACUACAGGGAAACCAAAUCAGUGUAUUCGAAACGGAUCUCCUGUCCAAUUUGCCAAGAUUGGCCUUAUUCAAUAUCAGUGAUAAUCGAUUGGACAAUCUCGCUGAGAACACAUUCAAGAAGAACGCCGACCUCAGAGUGUUAGAUUUGAGCUACAACAACAUCGAGGUUAUCCACGAGGAUAGCUUGAAGGGAUUGGCCAGCUUAGAGGUCUUCAACGCCAGCCACAAUCAACUCAACAAACUGAACAAGUACAUGUUCAAGGAUUUCUCAGCCGUUCGGAUUCUGGAUCUAUCCGGCAACCGGCUGCCGUACAUUGAAAAUAAACUAUUCGAGUACUCCCCCCGCUUGGAAGUCCUGAAUCUCUCCCGCAAUGCAAUCACCGAAAUCGAGCCGAACAUUUUCGAAGAUUGCCACAAAAUGCACUCCCUGGACCUAUCCCACAAUCAGCUGCAGGAGGAUGCAUUCCUUUGGCCGAUCAUCGAACUCCAGCAUCUGAACAUGAGCCACAACAAGUUCCACCGGCUGAACACUUCCUUCCUGGAGGGUGUGGAGCAGGUGGAACUGUACGGCAAUCCCUGGAGCUGUCGGUUUUUGGUUUUGGAACUGAUGAAGCACGGCAAGAACGUGCGAUACGGCAGGAAUUACGUGGUCCAGACGAGGGAAAGCAUUCUCAACGCCGCGGGCAUCGAGUGUACCGACGAGGAGGGAAAGCUGCGGGAUUUCGUGAUGGUGGAAAGUGCACCCAAAGCGGAUUAUAGUUCUUCGGAAUAUCACCGCUACAAAUUCUUCCACGACUCCCACCAGGACACCCGCCCAAUCCAGGAUAACUUUGACACCAAAUCCACCAUUUUGUGGCUAAUGUCGGGCGUGUUUCUAGUGUUCGGCGCGUUCAAGCUGAUCCAAUUGAUCCUACGGCAGUCGGAGCAUCAGAGCGAAAAGUGGCGCCUCGCACAGCACCUGGAGGAGUUUAAUGAAGCCGACGAGAUCGAUGACAACCGAAAGUUCGCUCUGCCAGUGCAGUCCCCGGUCCACGGAGGAGGCCACUCGCAGUGAGACCGCCGCUUCCUGUGUUGAGUGUUGAGGCCUGUGGACCAAUAAUGUCUCCCCCCACCGACUGACUGGUGGUAGAUCAAUAAUCUGGCGCGCUUGUCUAGAAACAAUUUAGGAAAGUUAAUUGGAAAUCACUGCUGGAGAGAGCGGCUAUUUUUCGGCGCUUGCUAAACACAUUUAUCAUAUUUGCGUUGUUUAUAACGGUCAUUUUGUUUAAUGGGUUAGUUACGGCAGCCGCAGAAUAUACUGCAUUCAAUUUAUUUUGUGUACUCGCUCGGCUCAGAUGACAGUUUUGUUGCUGCGCAGUGAUUAAUUGUACUCGCGGGUUUAUAUCUAUUUGUAGUCAGCAAAAAUGGUCCGAUAACGCAUUCCAUUAGGUUAUUCACAGCCAGACUCAAUUUCAAAUCAAGUUUUAGGAAAAAAUGUAUAACGCUAUCAGAGUUUUCACUAGUUAAUGAAUUGGGAAUUUUUUGAAUCGUAUUGACGUCAUACUAUGGAAAAGCUAUCUUCAGCUAAUACUUUUUUUUAAAUUAAUGUAAAAAAGACAUACAGUGACUCAAACUCGUACCCCGCCAUGCAGAUCUUUUUUCACUACUGUUGAAACUCGAAAACAAGCUUUCGGAACAUUCUAUUUAGAUAAUGAUACAUACAUCAUUUCAAAGCUUAAACUUUCGGCUUGGGAAUAUUUUACGAACAUAUUUUUGACUUGAUGUGUGUAGAUGCAGCGGACAAAAAUAUCGAGAAGAAAUCGAUUUGUAUCGGUUUUUGACGCAGAACAACGUCUUUCAGGAAGGGUGACAAAUCUGAAAACAGGUCACGUUUUUAUGAAAUAAAGUUAACGUUAAUAACUAUUUUCACUGUGAACGAAUUCUCAUGAUUUGGAUACCAAUCAAAUCGAAAAUUCUCUAAGAUUUGUUUGAUAUGCUAUACAUUACAAUUCGCUAAUCUCUAAACGGUUUAAAUACAUGAAAACUGGAGAGACUUUCUUUUUCCCAUACAGUUGCUCUGCUGAUUUGUGUGCUGACCCUACCCGUAUUUCGAAUGCACCUAUCUUGAAUAUUUCUUAACAGAUCGGAAAGAUGUUUGCAUCAAUUGAUAAAAAAUAUUUCUACGCGUCUAUCACAAUUAAUAAAAUAUUAUUUUUCAUGAAAUGAACAAUUGAAUAACUGUAAAAUUUCAAACGUUUUCUAAACGCCCUAACUGCCAAGUUUUGACUGGCCCGCUUUACGGUUUCCCCAACACAGGCUUCAAAAUCGAUGUACCUGUGGAAAUCCGCUCUGCAAAUAAACAUGCAAGUCGGAGAUAUUUUUGUCCCCACUGAGCUGUGUUUCCCUAACACGGACUUCAAUAUUAAUGUGCCUGGAGGAAUCCGCUUGGCACAUACAUGCAAGUCGGGGGUAUUUUUGUUCCCACCGAGCUGUGUUUCCCUAACACAGACUUAAAAAUUAAUGUGCCUGGGGGAAUUCGCUUUGCGAAUACAUGUAAGUCGGGGGUAUUUUUUGGAGUUUAGUACUUUUGUACUCGCUUGUCGUUGUGCAGACCGGAAUAUGUUUCCCUAAAACGUACUUUGAAACUGAGAAGCCUGGGAAAAUCAUUUCAGAUACUAGAGGUGAAUGAACUUUCGAUAUUCGAGAACUACGUAAACAUGAAAUGUGCAAUAUUUUCAGAGGGAAAUGUGAAAUACAAUGAUCGUUUGAAAAUUCUUCCGUUCACAUAUUUUGGUAGUCCAAGGCAUCAUAUCAAGCGUAAAAGGACGUUCAUCAAAUUUAUUCGUACCGAGGAACAUAAUAUAUUACAACAAUUUCGAUGCAUUUUUCGAAGUGGUAAACAAGUGGAUUGCAUAGUAUAAUUGCGUAGUUCUACGUCGAAAAUAUGCGGUCGUGUCCUAGAUACAACGCCUUACAAUUUUUUGAAAAUCGAAAAAUCACCCAAGGAGGAAGGAAAGGAAAUUGGGGUUUUCCAAAAAAAAUUUAGGAUGCCAAAUGCCUAAAAAUUGCAUGAAACGUCGAGAUCUAGUGUCAUCUCGAAAAUUAUUUUUUUUUUGUCAAAAAUCGACAUUCUGGGUUGUUUUUUCGGAAUACGAACGAAACAUAUGGUUUUGGGUACCAAUGAAAAUAGUUAUCUCGAUUUUUCAUUCGGAACUUGCUGCAAAAUGUUGAUUUUCACGAUAAUAUACCCUUUGCAAAAUAUUAGCUCAUUUGAACAUUUAUAUUAUUUAUAUUAUAUUAUUAUAUUAUUAGUGUCGCAGACGUAAAAAUUAUUAUUAGUGUCACAGACGUAAAAAAUUGAGGUUUUUUUUUAAAACAGAAGAUCACCGAAAAUUGGGGUUUUCAAAAAUUAAGUCUCAGAGCGUCGAUUUUUGAUAAAAAAUUGUUUUUCGAGAUGACACUAGAUCUUGACGUUUCAUGAAAUUUUAAGACAUUUGGCAUCAAACAAAAAUUCGAAAACCCCGAUUUCCUUUACUCUCUCCCCUUUUGGGUGAUUUUUCGGUUUACAAAAAACUCAAACUUUGACCACUUUGCGCCGCUCUCCCUUAAGUCCGAUUGAGCUGAUAUUUGGCAUUGGGUGUUUUUUCGAGGUGUUAAAUAUUUUGUAUAUGGUAACUUUUUGAAUUUUAGGGGCGGUUUUUUCCCAUACAUUAAUUGGCACCCUAGUGUAGAUGCAGUGGACAAAAAUAUCGUGAAGAAAUCGAUUAGUUUCGGGUUUUUUUCAAAAAGCUCGUGAGCUAACACCUUUCUUCCAACUAAGUCAAUAGUAAAUCCAUUUAACCUUAUCAAGCAACUUUCAUUUGAUUCCUAUAACGUUUCUGUGGGAUCUUUCAAUACAUAAAUAUUUGUAUUUGAAUGAAAAAUUUACCAUUCAUGUUUGAUGAUGUUUGUGGGUGAGGAGUGCUUGUAUAUGUGAAAAUGCGUAUGCAUACGUAUGCGUAUAAUCACUCCUUGUAAUCCUCGUACCUACAAACGUAUGGAAACGAAGGUUGCGAAUCGUUCAUUCUGAGAGUACGCACAUGGCCACGCCAUAUCUGCAGAAUAAUCUGUAUUUUUACAGAUUUUUCAGACUUUUUGAAACCAAGAAUCUGUAGAUACAGAUUACAGAUUUUUUUGGUUUCCAUACAGAUUUACAGAUUUUUUCAAAAUAACGUUCCAAUAUUAGUUGUGGCUUGAUCUCAAUAAUAUUUUUUCCUAACUCACCAAUGUUAUUCACAUAUCAUUCGAAUCAAUCUGAAUGAGAGCCAUUAUAUUAUUCAUAUGCGGUAUCUAGUACUGCUUUCUCAUGUUCAAUCUAAGGCGAAAAGAUGCAAAAAUCUGCGUCAUCGGCUAGCCUUUCAAUAAGAGCCGCAAUAUAUGGGAUUUUCCAUUAAUCCUUUCCUUGAGCACGGGUGGCAAUUUUUAUUCAUACUGAGUACCGUUAUCCAUUAUUCCUAGUAGUACCGUUUUGCUUAAACUUCGUUUAGAAAAAGUUUGAACUGAUGAAUUGUUGCAUAAAUUAUAGUAUUAGUAUACCUUUUGCUGUGGUGACUGAAAGUAGACAAACCACCGUAAAGGGUUAAUACAGAUUUUGAUACAGAUUUUAUGAGAAAAAAACACAGAUAAAAAGAUUUUUUGAGACCAAAAACACAGAUUUUAUUAUGGCAACCCUGUGUACGCAUAGCAUUUUGAACCUCUGGUAAAAUAUGCGUUGAAGUGCUCCUUUAAUUCACUUCAAAGUUUGAUCGACGGGCUAAAAAAACGCUGAACCUAUCAAUAUGAAAUGUUCACAGGUGUUUUGCGGAUACACUAGACUAAAAAUGUUCGUGCUAACAUUUGAACUAACAGCAAUACUUGCAACAUUACAGUUGAUCUUCAGAAACAAUAUUGAAAAUUGAUGCAACGAAAUAAAAUAAAUUUCCUUUCGUCAAAGCAACAAAUUAAAUCAAUACAAAAUUUAUUUCAGUUCUCAAAACUACUUUUCGGUUUGCAUUGUUUGUUGAAUUAUUCAUCAUCAAAUACGAAGGGGAAAAUGUUUCAUUCAAACAAAAAUGUCUCUGUAUGGAAAGAUCCUACAUGAAUGUUAUAGGAACCAAAUGAAAACUGAUUGAUUAGGUUAAGGGAGUAUUCUAGUCUAGAAAUUUCAAAAAAAUCAAUUUUUUUCCCUUCAUAUUUGUGUAGCUUAGUUAUAUUCUGUAAGAAUAUACCCUAGAAAGGACUUAUCGAAAAUCCUAUUAUCAACAGAGUUAGAGCCAUUUUAGUUAUGCGAUAUGUAACCUGGUACGCCUAUAACAAUGAACUUCAAACUCGUUUUUCUCGAAACAAGUAUUUUCAAACUGGCAUGGCUUGGCCGAGGUUUCAGAAUCUGUUCGAUUUUUCUGUUUCAGAUAACCAGAAGGGCUGGAAUACGCCACCCCAGAUGGGCUGGAAUACGAAUAUACGCCAUGGCACAACUUUUUUUGAGGCCUCUCACUUCAUCAACUCUUAACUAUUCUAGUUAUGAAUAUUUAUUCUCCGUUCAAUUUUUGUUUUAUUGUAAAAAGGUAGAUGAACAAAUAAUGAUAUAAUGGAUAGUAAAAAUAUUCUUUGUUCUAUUCUUACGGAGCUUGAAAAAACGUCCGGAAUUCGUGUCUCUACACUAAAAUACCUUCUCAAUUGGAUUUUGUAUUAAGUUGGUUAGCAAAAAAAUAUGUUCUUUGAAUAAACAAAAAAAUAGAUUUUUUUAUUUCUUCCUGAUUUUUUUCAAGAUAGAAGUAUUUCGUAAAAUAUUCCAAAAGCUAAUGUUUUGAGCUUUAGAAUGAUGUAUAUACCACUAUCUAAAUAGAAUGUUUCGAAAGCUUGUUUUCGAUUUUCAAAAGUAGUGAAAAGAGAUCUGCAUGGCGGAGUACGAAUUCGAGUUUGAGUAAAUGUAUGAGAAACUUGUAAUUCACGCGACGGAAAUAGUGGAAUUGUAAGAUUAGUUGAAUAAAUGCAAGUUCAAACGUUCAAAUUCUUAUAUUCCUCUUAAUAAACAUUGAAAGCCACUAAAUCUCAAAUUUUAGAUAAGACACAAAAAAAGGGAGAACUGUUUCUAAAUUCAUUGUCACGUCAGUAGGAUUUAUUCUCAUUCGACCUUCGUGUCUAAACCCACUAGCAAGAGAAAAAUGGUGAACAAAAAUUAUGAUAUAACCUUUGUAUCUUCUUCUUCUUCUUCAAUGGCACUAACGUUCCUAGAGGAACUUCGCCGUCUCAACGUAGUAUUACUUGCGUCAUUUUUUAUUAGUACUUAGUUGAGAUUUCUAUGCCAAAUAACACGCCUUGAAUGCAUUCUGAGUGGCAACCUCUAGAGAAUACGCGUGAUCACAGUGCAAAGUCGGAGGAAAUUUCUUUGACGAAAAAUUCCCCCGACCAGAACGGGAAUCGAACCCGAACACCCGGCAUGUUAGUUAUGACGCUAACCACUCGGCCACGGGAGCACUCCAACCUUUGUAUCAGUGAUCGACGAAUAGAGAAAAUAAAACUAUGCAUUAGGGUAACCAUGAAAAAACCAGUCAUUUUACUCUAACUUUUAUAUUCAAAAUUCUACAUCAAAAUUGUUUUCGUACGACUUUUAGAUGCCAACAUUUUGCGAGGCAGAAUUCGUCAAUAUCUUAAUCCUGCUCAAAGUUAUUGAUGGGUUUUUCCCCAGAAACUCAUGAAUUCAAUUUUAAUUUACUCAAAUACAAAAAACAACAUAUCUUUGAAAAUCACAUAUUUUAUAGAGUGAAGUUUGUUCUUUCAAAUUCCGUCAACAAACAUUUUUUAUGUUAGCACCAGAAAGAACGGCAAGCAAUUGAAGAAAACGUAUUUUUUGGGAAGAAAUAUCAUUAACUUUGAGUGAAGUUGAGAAAGUAUUUCGAAGACAGUUUGUGUGUAGAAUUUGAAAUAUAAAAGUUAGAGCAAAAAACAGUUUUUUUUCAUGGUGACCCUAACGCAACUUAGAAAAAAGUCGCUAUAUCGGUUAUUACAAAGAUGUAUCAAAUAACUUGGACUACAACAUUGUCGAACUAUAUUAACCUCUAUCUUUAAAGAUAAGAAAGUUAGUUUUUUUAUUUCAUCGAAAUUGUUGGUCACCCUAUUUUUGGCAAAAUGAAAAUGAGCGCUCUAUCAUAUGUAACAACUUUGUCGAAGACAAUUUUUGUCUAGAAAAUAACCGUCAAGUAAAAACAAGAUAAUAAAUACGUUAUAAUAAAUCAUCGAGU